GUGCACAUAUACAAUUAGAGAACUGUCAAACUAUGCGUGGGUCCGGUAAUUCCGAAGGCUCGGAAUGCUCGUUGAGGCAUGACACAUUGUAGUUUUACAUCACCUUUUUCGCUCUCCAUUUCGCCAUCCCGGAAUAUCACCAGUUUAUGUACGAAUUUUCGCCAAUCUUUUCCACACCUCUUGUUAAAGGGUUAGCUGGUUAUCACUGUCAACCAGCUGUAGUGUAGGCGUAUAGUGAUCUCGCACAUACAAUAUUCGGGUUAACAGCAGCUGUCAAAGAGACGUAAUACUUUACGAAAACUAUUGCCGAAUGAGUUUUCUGACGAUUCCUUUACACCGAUGUUUUAAUCGACUCAUAAAUUCAACGAUAAACUACUAAUAUAUAAUAGAUAAACGAUCAGUCUGAUAAGUGAGUUAAAUCAGCACGAAUAAUGGAAUUGAGUGACUUCAUAUUAGUUACAAAACUUGAUAACGUUGUUCUCACUGAUAGAAGCGAUGGAACUGAUAAAAACUCUAGCUUAGAUAGAACGCUCUGCAUCACUGGACAUCAUCUUAUACUAUCGUCAAGGCAGGCUGUUUCUCAGGAGCUUUUGCUGCUUCACAGAAACAUAGAUGUCAUAGAGAAAAAGUCAAACAACCAAAACCCUGGAGGCAGUAUUAUUUUAAAAUGCAAGGAUUUCCAUAUCUAUCAACUCGAUAUCAAUAGUACAGAGGAUUUAAAUAAUGUGACGUUAUCUCUGGAAAAGCUGGCAUGUUUGGAUCAACCUCUCCAGUAUCCUUUUUUCUACAGCCCUCAACCUGUGAAUAAUUCCACGGUGCAAGUGGAAGAUGGAUGGACUGCAUUUGCACCAGUUUCAGAAUGGUCUAGACUAUUAGCAACUCAUGCCGAUGAGUGGCGGAUUUGCUACCUCAAUCGUGAUUAUAAAGUCUGUAAUUCGUACCCAUCAGCCGUAAUAGUACCACGGCAUAUAGAAGACAAAAUUAUUGUAUUAGCAGCAAAGUUUAGAGAUGGUGGACGAUUUCCUGUACUCUGCUACAGACACGAUGGGGGGAGUAUUCUCAUGAGAAGCAGUCAGCCAUUGUCUGGAGCUACAGGAAAAAGAUGCAAGGAGGAUGAACGACUUUUGAAUGCUGUUUUAGGUCCAGGAAGACGAGGGUACAUAGUGGAUACAAGAUCUGCCAGUCAAGCGCAGGCGGCCAAAAACCGAGGAGGAGGAACUGAAAUGGACGCAGCUUAUCCACAAUGGCGUAAGGUGCACAAGGCUGUGCCACGAUCUACUGACCUGGCCGAAAGUUUCUGUAAACUAAUCGAAGCCUGCAGUGACACAAAAUGCUCCACGUCCCAGUGGCUUUCUCGACUAGAGGGUAGUGGCUGGCUAUCUGCAAUUCAAGCAGCAUUAAAUGCAGCCUGCGUAGCUGCCCAAUGUCUUCACCAAGAAGCAGCUGCUGUCUUAGUACAUGGUGGUGCUGGCAGAGAUUGUACUCUUGCUGUGACGAGUUUGACCCAAGCCAUUCUAAAUCCUGACUGUCGAACCGUGAGAGGUCUGCAGGCUCUUGUUGAACGAGAGUGGUUACAAGCUGGCCAUGCUUUUUUCAGUCGGACACGUCAUGGGCCUUAUCACCCGCCCAAUUCUCAAAGUCCAGCACAUGCUCCCACCUUUUUGCUAUUUCUAGAUUGUCUCUACCAGCUACAUCGCCAAUUUCAAUUCAGCUUCGAAUAUACAACAGAUUUACUCAUCGAACUUUAUAAACAUGCAUAUUGCUCAAGCUAUGGAACGUUCUUGGGUGAUUCAGAAGCAGAACGAAUUCAGCUUAGAUUAUCUGAGAGAACGGCCAGUUUAUGGUCACAUAUAAAUCAGCCAGAUGUUUUGGAAAAAUGGUUAAAUCCACUUUACGAACCAAAUCCUGGUGUUAUUUGGCCCAGUGUGGCACCUAUCAGCAUAGAAUUGUGGAUGGAACUUUACCUUUUGCAUACAAAUGCCGCGCCAUGGAAAGGAUCACUUUCUUGCGCCAUGCACAUUAAACGGAAGCAUUCUGCAAUUCGAAAGAUCUCUGGUCAGCUUCAAUCGCAAAUCCGUAAAGGUAUCGAAGAAAUUCAUACCAAUCCAGAUUCUUCGUACGGGACAGCGAACGCUGAAGAACACCUUCGACUAGCUCAGAUGAACUUGGAACCUCAAAGCACUUGAUGAAGGGCGUGUAGUUAAAUUUAAAGAGCAAAGUCAUAUUUAAAAAGGAUGCGCUUACCCAGUGCCCUUUUUUACUAAGAUAUUGCAAAACAUUUGACAAGUUCCAUCUGUACAGUUUAAGAACACGAAACAUUGAACCAUUUAUUUGAAAAAUUUAUACUUAUAAUUGAUAAUAAAAAAAAAAACUGGAGAAUUAUUAUUGGCAAUGACAAAAUAUAUAACUAUUGGAUAUAUUGUACGUUGUAUGUAAUUCAAAUUGUGUACGUACAUAACAAAAAGUACUAGGUCACAUCAUGUUGGUCUUAAAAUAUAUAAAAAUAGAAGACGAUUUGUGCUCAGCAUUUAUGUUCAGUUGUAGUUGCUACAAAGAAUUUUUUUCCGCAUAGUUCACGUAAAAUGAGAAAUAUAAAUGACACAAGGUGACUAUCACGUGUAAAUUAAUUCAAAGUUAGCGUAUUAUCACAAUUGUAUCAUCUUACUACGUUCCUUAUUGCACUUAUAAUGAGUUCCAUCCUUUUUCCAGCGAUCUGUAUGAAUUAACGGAAUAAGAAUACCACAAGUCAUUAUUAAUUUAUAUUUGAUAAUCAACUGUUGAAGUGGUAGACUGAUAAUUAAUUCAGCAAUUUUAUUUAACCAUUUGGAUUAACAUAAUAAUCAGCAUUGCAUAUUCAAUCCCAUGCAUAAUCUUAUAUCAAUAUUAUUGAAAGUUGAAACUACUAAUUUCAGACAUUAUAUAGGAAUAUUACACUCUACGGCUAGUUUCAGAAUUUAAAAAUAAAUUUGCCGAUAUUUUGGAAAUAGUGGAAUAGUUUCAUUAUAAACAUACGCUUUGUUAUAAAUUACUACGUACACAUUUGCUUCAGUGAUGUUUCACCUAAAUCAAUGGAAUUAUAACACCACUACAUUUCGACAUAUGCCAUAUUGUAGAUACGUUUAUAUAAUAAAUGCCCACGUAACAUAGUCUCAA